UCCUCCCCUUUUCGGCUGGGAAGCUGCCUGCCACAACCGUGUCCAUCUAGGAAUGCUCCUUCAGUUGGGACUUCUUGUUUGUUUUCUGGCUAGGUGAUAGCAGUCGUCAUGGAUCUCUUCACAGACAUGGAGAUACUCUGUGACCUGAUGGAAGCUUCAAGCAGACGACGUGUCUCUGUUUACCUGAUCCUUGAUGAGAAGUACUUAAAGUAUUUUAUAGAGAUGUGCAGUAAAAUGGUUAUUAACAAGGACCAUUUCCCAAACAUGCAAGUGCGGUGUGUGAGUGGAGACACAUAUUACAGUAAAGCAGGCAAGAAAUUUGAAGGUCAAGUCCUGGAGAAGUUUGUACUAAUAGAUUGUGACCACGUUCUUGCUGGUACAUACAGUUUUACUUGGCUUUGCAGUCAAGUUCACACCUGCUUGGUGACACACUUCCGAGGCAAAAUCGUUGAGGACUUUGACAGAGAAUUCCGAAGCUUGUACGUAGAAUCCAAACCUGUGCCUGGUUUCUGUAUCCCUGAGGCUGGAACAAGCUCCACUUCACCUCACAGCUCAGCAGGGAACUUCCAGUCUCUCUUAAAACCCACCCAAACGAAUGAAGCUGAAACCGCAAGCCAUGCAAGCAGUCUCUCAAAUUCAAGCAUUGAGAGCAUAAAGAUGUCUCCUUUUCUGAAGAACUCCACCUACAAUGUACUCCUUGAAAAGCAAGACGUGGGUCCUGGUUUCACCUGUGAAAAGAGAAAGGAAGCCAUCGGCUCCAUAAAGCCAAGCGACUCCAAGCAGUACUUGGAAAUGUCAAACUCUAGCCACAGCACUUCAGCUAAAUUCAAGUCUGCCUUAUAUGACAAGCCUAAUCCUAAAUCACAGCAGGCAUCCUUGAAGCCGGUGUCUUUCCCCAUACUAAGCUGCAGUGAACCUAGUCAUCUAGAAAAUAAGGCAUUGGCUAAAACUAAAAAUGACCAAUUGCUCCAUCACUCUGCCAUCAGACAGGGACCAAACUUACAAUCCCCCUCUGAGAACACUGGUACAAAUGGGGCAAAUACCAAGCAGAAAGCGCCCAGUGAUGUUUCAAGUGGAAAAGCAAUAGAAAGCAGCAGCAAUAUAUGCAGGAAUGAGAGAAAGCUGACUCUUGGACAUAGUAAACUGGACCUGAUUAUCCAAUACAACCAGUUAAAAAGGGAGCGGACAGCUGCAGUCCCAAGCUCUGCUCGACUCGGCGAUGAAGUGCCAAAGGAAAAUAGCUGCACUAAACACAGGGAUGAGAAAACACUGACUCUUGGACACAGCAAACUGGAUCUGAUCACAAGCUAUAACAAAUCCAAAUCUAAGCAAAUAUCGAGUCGAUUUGAGCCCUGACCUGUUCUCUCUUGUCCUAGGGUGCGUCUACACUUACAGCGCUGCAGCAGCGCACUUGCACUGGCCCAGCUGUGCCGCGGUAGCACUUGGUGAAGACGCUCACUACUCGGACGGGAGAACGUCUCUGGCAGCACAGGUACACCUCUGCGAGAGGCGGCACUUGUGUUGACAGGAGAAGCCCCCCCACUGACAUAGCGCUGCCUACACUGGGGGUUGGGUCAGUGUAACGACAUCGCUCAGCGACUUAGUUACACUGACGUACAUUUGUAGUGUAGACCAGGGCCUAGUUCUCCAAUCUCAUUCCCAGAGUUACCAUAAUUUUUUUCUGAUAGUUUUAUCUUGUGUCAGUUUGAAAACAAAUACAAAACACAGAGUAACAUGAUGAAAUAAUCCAGGCUUCUCCAUUCCUUUAGCCCAUUUUACUACAAGCUUUAUUUUAAAAAUAAUCAUUUGAUGUCAUCAUAUAUAGUUCUUUGACUGGUUCUUGGUGAUUUAACAAAGGUUCUGGUUAAAUUAAGAGUGUUUAAAGAUUUUCUUUUCCUAUAUCAAUUUUGUUGACCGCUGACCUGAUGUUAUGACUAAGGCUACGAUUUUAUCACGGAACUCUCGGAAUCCGUGGCUUCCAGAGACCUCUGUGACUUCAGCCCUGCAAGUGGUACGCGGACCCCCCGCAGCUGAGCUCUCCAUUUUGUCACGGAUAUAUUUAGUAAAAGUCCUGGACAGGUCACUGCUUCCGUGAAUUUUUUACUUUAUUGCCCGUGCCGACCUGUCCGUGCCUUUUUUCUAAAAAUACCUGUGACAAAAUCUUAGCCGUAUUUAUGACCUAUGAGCCUAUCUCAUGUCUCUUGGGUGAUUUUAUGCUUGCUAGAGGUAAAAUGACAUAAUAGGAGCAUAAGUUUGUAUGAAUGUGGGUGUAUGGCUUGUUAGCCUGGAACAUGCAUGGGGACAAAUAGGUGAACAUAAGUAUAUGGGUUAUUAAGCUUGCUAAAAUUUAGGGGCCUAUCAUAUUAGGUUAAGGCUUUGUGGAAGUAAUUAUAUUAAAGGCUGAAGUGUAGCUGAAAUGAGAGAAAUCUAAGAAGAUAAUCCCAGGUCAAAUAUUUUUUACUUUUAUUCUGAAACACAAUCAAGUAACUCCAAACAGGUCCAGUACUCCACAGAACUUCACAGGAAGGGAGUUUGGGGGGCUUUAGCAAUUAGGUUGCUAUGCAGUAUCUAAGCAGUUAGACUGCUUCUACAUAUAGGCAUUAUUAAUAAAUAAGUGAUGUAAGACAGAAAUAUCAAUGCUUGAGGCAUAAUUAAGGACACCCCAAAGGCCAUGUAUGGUUAGGGACAGCUAUUAACCUUAUUAUAAUCAGGAUAAAGCAUGAAAUCGUAUAUAUCUGUACUAUCACCAUAAGGAAGGGUAUAAAAUGCCACCUUCAGUUCCCAUUUCUAGGGGUGCGUCAGGUCCCCAAGACUGUGUAAACUGAAUCAGGAUCUCCUUUCUGAUGGGCUCCACUUAUGUUCCCUUCCAUCUUUGUUUCCAAUGGUCUCCAUACGUUCUAAAUAUGCCCAAUGCAAGCCUGUAAGUAGGAGCAAUGCAGGAAACCACUUUACUGUACUUACCUUAUUCUAAUCUUAGUGUAUAUUGAUCCUUUCCCAUAAUUUCAAUUAUAGUUGUCUGUACUAAAUAAAGUUUGUGUUUCACCAAAUUCCAUCUUUUCAAUUAACUUUAAGUAGCCGCCUAGGAAAAAAACCUGUUAUCUGAGAGAAGUGCACGGUGUUACACUCCAAUACAUAAUCUUGUAAGUGUGAUAACUGUUCAGGCAACAACUUGCUGACAACAAUGUUGAAAGAGAUGGUGCAAACUACAUUAAAAAAGUAAAGAAAACUUACCACUGAAAA